CCUCUUCACUUGUUGUUUGCGGUGAAACGAAAUGAGUUCGUCAAAAAACCCCAAGUCACGCCGAUACGACGGAGGAAGAGAAUAGGAGAUUUGUCAACGCCUAAAGCCUCCGAUAAUGGCGUGGAUGCAAAUGAUACAGAGCGCGAGAUCUCUUCUAAGGACAACUCAACCUUCUUCGACUCCAUGCCUCUCCAGAUUCUACUCCAAACCUGCUCCUUAUGCCGUGAAAGUUGGGAUUCCUGAGUUCUUGAGUGGGAUUGGGGGAGGAGUUGAGACUCAUAUAGCUAAACUUGAGACAGAGAUUGGUGAUCUUUCGAAACUGCUUGUGACUCGUACCCUCAGGCUCAAGAAGUGUGGCGUCCCUUGCAAACAUAGGAAACUGAUACUGAAAUACAGCCAGAAGUACAGGCUAGGGCUAUGGAAACCCAGAGCUGACGCUAUAAAGGCCUGAUUGAUUCGUUUCCUCUUUUUGAGUCUCUGUCAUGCUUGGCUUUUGCUACUGAAAUGAGUUGUUCUCAGAAUGGGUCAAGGCAUAGCAAUGUUUACUUUUCUGCAUUCAUGUACUUGUUGUUAUCUCCUUGGGUCUAGAAACAUUAAAGCCAGGCUUGAAAUCCGACAACAGUAGUAGUUUUUUGAAGUAUUGUAUUGGGGCUCUCCCAGUAUCAAGACCGUCUUUUUUUUUGUCGUGUCA